AGGAGGAGUUUGUGGGGUCACUUCCUCUCAGAGGACGUUCAGCUCCGGACGUGCGGGCUUAAUUUAUAGGAAGGAUACCGUUAUCCGACUAAAUGUUUUUGAGACCAAAGAUAUACCAGAUAGAUCUUUCGAUCACUUGUACUAUAAUGUAGUGAAUGAUCGAGUACCUGUGUUUUCAGACUUUGGCCCUGUUUUUUUUUGUCCUGUGAUCAGACUGCCGUUCUCCCUGCUGUUAUAUAAAGCCCACAACCAUAUGGGAUGUGGUACAGAAGUGAUUUAGAAGAUGGAUACGAAUCUAAUAAAACAGGCUCCAGUGGCGGUGUCUCUCCAGGAUGGGUCCCUGGCCACGAAUCCGCCUGGCGCAGCAACCCCCCCGGCCCUGGGAACAGUAUCUGUGGUGGGCGCCGACACAGCACCGUGUCUGACAGCGGUGACACUGGCAUUGGCACUUACUGCUCUGACAGCGUGGAAGACGACUCCAGUUCCAGCACCACGCCUUUGUCUUUCCAGCCGCUGUCGCAGCAUCACUUGGGCCAGGAUGAUGGUGCCGUCCCCAUUGUCCACGUCAUGCUGUCCCCGUCCUCUUCACCCUACACCAGUUUUAGAAUGCCAGCCUCACCCAGCAGCACAGGUCGAUGGAGCAGGUCUUGCCAGCUGCUUACACCAGCCGUGACUCCCCUGGGUGCACCAAGCUGUCUGGACAUGAAGGACCAUCAGCCCCUCCGGAGGUGCUCCUCUCUCACCAAACUGUCCUCUGGGCCUGAUAAGAGCUCCACUAGGACAUCAGGCGUUCAAUACAACCCGGAUUCACAAGGUUCUCUGGACAGAAGUCUGCUCCAUGGGUACAGAAAGGAACCGCUCGGUUCAAACGUGGACCUUUACCUACCUUUAUCUUCCUCCUUGCUCUGCCAUAGCUUGCUGCAGCGCUCACCGGGUGCUGGCCCCUGCUACAGAUACAACCACAGCAGUAGAUCCAAUGGUUUGGAAACAGACCGGUCCCUUUCCUCAUCUCCGUCCUCAUCGGUAAAGCACAACAGUUUGGACAUGAACUAUAGUGCUUUACCGGAAGCUAAAGUGUCUCGGGGAGGUGCACAGGUUUAUGGCCUCAGCUUACCCAAACAAACAGACUCGGCACUGGCUCAUCAGACUGAUAGAAGCUCCCCCAUUCAGCCUGCAGUGCGGACCCAGAUGUGGCUGACUGAGCAGAUGGAGUACAGACCCAAAGUAGAGGGUGGAGGUCAACUUGGUCAAAUCAGUGCUACUGGAACAGAGGGCUGUGGCGGAGAUGGGCCGUUGUCAUGUCAACAGGGACAACAGCAGGAGCCAUGGCUUCACCAGAUGCUGAUGGGGACCUCCCUUCCUGUCAACAGUCUGGUGAAGGUUAAAGAGGGGCUGCUGAGACAGAGAGAGCUGGAGAUAGAUAGACAAAAGCAGCAGAUCUUGCAGAUCCAUGCCCGGAUCAGAGAGAAUGAGCUCAGAGCACAGCAGGUCCUGCAGAGCCAGAGAGGCUGGUAUGAUGACCCCCACAUUCAAAAUACUAAGGAUUCAGCGAUGAGAGCGACAUCUGAUAGGCUGUGCUGUGACGAAGAACUGGGUAGGAAGCUCGCAGUGGCUGAACUGGAAGUUCUCCAUUUGAACGAGUUCUUCAAGCAAGUCACUCAAAAAUAUACAGAAGACAUCAGAAAACUGCAGGAAAAGAUAAAAACGAGGGAUCGCUACAUCAUCAGUCUGAAAAAGAAAUGUCAAAGAGAGAGCGAACAGAACCAAGAAAAACAGCAACGCAUAGAGACACUGGAGAAAUACCUUUCUGACCUGCCAACGCUGGACGAGGUGCAGUCCCAGGCCCAGCAGCAGGAGGAGGUUCAGCAGAAAGCCAAGGAUCUGGAGAAAGCAGCAUCUCUGUUACAGAAGAGCGUAGAAGAAGGACAUGCUCUGAUGAAGGAGAAAGACAUCAGGAUUGAGAUGCAGGCCAUGAGGGAGAAGGAGCUGAUUGCAUCUGUACAAAGCCUGCAGCAGAAGGUGCAGUACUGUCUGGAUGACGGGGUGAGGUUGCCCAUGCAGGACCUGAAGCAGCUUGAGGUAGAAAACACUCAACUUCUGGAGCAGCAAGACAACAGCAGCAGGCUGAUUGAGCAUCAGAAAGAACGGAUUGAGAGACUGACCUCGCAGCUCACGGCCACCAGUACAAGACUGCAAGAGAAGAGAAGCCUUCCUCAUCACCAACAGUCUUAUCUGCUCCAGGCGGAGGAAAGCCUGGCCUUCCCACAGCAGCAGCAGCUGGUGUCCCAUGUGGAGAUGCCUGAAGUGGGCCGGCUGCUGAAAGAGAUGUCCCUGUGUCUCCUGGACCUCCAGGCUCUCUGCAGCAUCCUGACUCAGAGAGCACAGGGGAAAGAGCCCAACCUGUCUCUGCUCCUGGGCAUGAAAUCUUUGAGUGUUUCGGCAGAGGAGAGUGACUGCAGAGUGGUGGCGGAAGAAGAACUGAGGUUCAACUUGCUCGAGGUGGGCCGGCUCAGGAGAGACAUCGAUGACCUCAGGAAAAGCAUCUCGGAUCGCUACGCUCAGUGUAUGGGGGACAGCUGUGUCUCCCAGUGACAACCAGCUCCGGUGUCGCCGCUCUAACCCAGUGUGUGUUUGAACUCUUUUACUUCCAUAUUCUUCAUAGAUAACCACAUAAAGAAUUAUAUUUAUUAUAGCAAGAAUUAUGAGGACAAUAACGAUGCAGACAAGUGUUAUUUGUCACCUUCAUGGUGCGGGUGUGUAAAUGAUGACGGACGAUGUUAAUGUGUCAUGUAGACCAGUCCACAGACCACUAGUCUUUCUGUAAUCACACCAGUUUAUAACAACUUAUAGUUAUAACAACUAUGAUAUAUCAAACAUAACCAAACUCUCCUGGAUAAUGGCAUUAGAUCCAGAAAAGAAACCUCAGAAAUCAGCCCAUGUGUGAAGACACUGUCUGAUAUUACACUUAAAAACAAAAUCACGAUAUUAUUGCGAUAUCUAUAGAAAAUUUGAACAAAUUCAAAUUCAUCUUCAACUAUUUUUUUUUGUGCAGCAAGGUGGAGUCAGUAACCCUGCCUGUAGAAAAGAAUACAGACAGAAAGAAACAGAAAUGAUUUUAGGGGCGCUGGAUUAUUUUCUACAAUAUAUUAUUUGAAUUUUAUUAUUAACAUCAUCGCAAUAUUUAAUUUCUCAAAUAUCCCGGUUAUCUUUAAUACCGGUAUAUUGCGACUUCUUCCACUAACUGAAAGAAGGUAAGUGCAGUGAAAUGAGUCAUUCGGCCAGCCAGGUUCUCUAAACUGAUUUGCUAUGGUUAAAAAGUGAGAACUGAAUUUAUUACUGACUGUACAAACAUUAUUACAGCUGCAUAUUUUUAUGUUGACAAUGGAUCAAAUCAUCUGUAAUGUUAAGGUGUCGCUCGUAAUGAUGAACCACAGAGAGUUGACUUCAGCUUCAUGCAGCGUUUUAUCUGCCGGAUGUGUAAAUAAAUGUCUGCACAUUCGCCAUAACAACUUUAUAAUGUGAUAAGUCAAUGUUGUAUUUACAGCUUGCUGCGCUGCCCCCUAGUGGCCCAAAGAAUGUUAAUUUAAUGAUUUAAAUAAAUACUACAAGCUUAUAGGUGCUACAUUGCUUGUCUAUAAGCAUAAAUAAGCAAAGACACCCUUUUGAAGAUAGUACAUUCAGGCGUAUUCAGAGUGAUUGUGGUGUGACUGAUACAAUAACUAUGAAACUGUAUAUGCACAUAGUUAAACUGGAUAUUCACCUUUAAAAAUCCAGCUUCAGCUCUGUGGAUCUCAUGCAGCUCUCCUGGUGCUGGAUACUCAUAUCCAUAUCUGACUUCUAGACAUUUGAUAAAGGUUCAAAACUCUUAUCUGUGUGAAUUUAAAUGUCUUAAUAAGCAAUAUAUAGAGGUAAUAGGUAAUUAAUGGAGAGAUCAUUUAUUCACUAAUGACUCAUCAGCUGUUUGUCACAGCAAAAGGAAAAACUUAAACCAUGCAGGAUCUGUUCUAAGAGCUGCUAUUUGUACAGUCAACGCAUUUAUUUGGCAUCAUGUUAUGUAUAAUGUGUCACUUUUGAAAUGCUUAUUGUGUCCAACUAACCCGUCGGGUGAAUCUCGCAGCCAAAGAAGCUGAAGGAGCAAACUGAAACAGCACAUGAACUUUUUGGUACAUUUUGUCUUCUGUGCAACCAGGCAGGUUUGAGAGUCAAAUAGUUCCGCUACCAAGCUUGAUAUAUCAAACGAACUAUAAAAAAUGUUUUGCCUGUAUGAUUUAGUAAAUGUUUAAGUCAUCUAAAUAACCAUGACAACCGGAAGCAAAGGUCUGAUUGGUUGCUGUGUGGAGGUUUUGACAAACCACUGGAUGACUUGUUCCUAUGUAUAAGAAAUGAUUCCUUUAUUGUUUUAGUUUUACUGACCAAAUGUAUGAAAGCUAAAGGCAUGUUUAUAAACAGUGUUGCUCUUAAAUAAUGUUUUUCUUUUGCAAUGUGGAGGUCUGAUCUUAUUUUUUCAGAUGGCAAAUAAAAUUAUUUUUCUAAAGAA